AUGGCCAGGUCGGACGCACACCUCAUCCGCUCCCAGCAAGCAGCAGCCUCAGGCUCAGCCCAACCACCCCCACCAGCCCAGGAAACCACCAGCACCAAUACCGAGGAACUCCAGCAGACCAUCGACGCCCUCCUCUCUCAGGUCAGCAUCCCCCAGAUGGCGCAGGGGAUGGAGUAA